AUGACGUCCCCGGAGCAGCAGAUGGACACUCUGCGAGAGGGUCUUAGCCGGGUGAUUCUAGACCAGCUUGCGGAAACCCUGCGGGAUUAUUCGUCUGGAAACUUGGCAAACCCGGUGCUUCGCUUUGAAGCUUUCAUCCAGGACGGCGAGCCGGGAACGCAGGGGCAAACACCCCGCUCUCCCGUGGUCUCGAAAAUGGUAGACUUGUCUGGCAUCAUUUCACAGAGCGCAAAUAAUAGUCCGAAUACGAGCAAUGCGGGAAGAGAAAACACCAUCGAACACCCGACACCGCCCACCAUCAGCCCGCAAUUGAUGAUGGACAACGUCGCGGCAAGCGCCAGCCGGGCAUUUGUCCGGACACAACGGACGCCAUCCCAAGGACCACCGCAAUUAUCACCCGAGACCGAUGCAAAUGCUUUUAUUCAAAGAAGAGGAACGGGAGCUCUACGACCAGUCAGAGCAGCCCCAGUGGAGGAAGAGCAGCCGGACAGCCAGAGGCAGAUGCAGGUUGCCAACAACUUUCCCAAACGCGCAAAGAUUCAAAACGACGUCGUCUUCAUCCCGCAGCAGUCUUCCAUUGACAAGUUCGUCAGUCUGCUGGAACAGUGGCAACUCACGGCAACGGCGGCAACAGCAACCAUCAACAACGCCGGCAAGAUUCACGUUCCCGAGCAGCUUGAGCUCGGCUUGCUCCAGGCGCCUUCGGCAGACGGCACGUUGACUGAGAUCGAUAUGGAGGGGACCUUCAACCGCAGCAACAUCUUUUGCCGAAAGGUUACGCAAGCCAGCCGCGCGUGCCGCUCGAUCGAGGUCAUUGUCCAAGCGCGGUGGAUCGAGCACUUCGACUCGUAUGUCGAGUUGCUCGCCAUCACGAACCCGGGCAUGUCCCCCACCAAACGCCGCAAGGCGGCGCUCAUCGAGGCGUGUAACGACUUUGGGUGGUCUGAGAAGGAGUUGCGGAACAAGAUGGCCAUCUGGCGCGGCUACAAGGAGAUCAAGGAUGUGGGAGGUUGGGCCGCGCUCGUCUUCGCCGGCAUGGGACUCUACCGCUUCUGCAAGUACCGAGUUGGAUUUAACCCAGAUAGCAUGCAACGACUCCGGUGCCUCCGGCCGCGAAUCGAGGUCGCCGCCGACACGCUGCACCCCACGUGGCGCCAACUACUCAUGAUUGACGGUUCGGAUCCCGUCCCGCUCCGGUCGACAUAUCUCGAAUACGACCCUUACUUCAGCUACGAACAGCUCGAACACUCCGUCAUGGACAUGAGCGCGUGGGGCACCGACGACCCGCGGUGGGUGCCGCCGAUGAACGCCGUGGCUUGCGUCCAGGGCAUGCACACAUGUCACUCGUGUGGCCAGGAGCAAUCCGAAGACCCCAAGAUCAACUCGUGCUACUGCUUCCCGACGCUAUUCGGGUCCGGGCGCCGGAGCCCCUGCCCGGUGCAGGUGUUCCGGACCUCUGACGGACGCAACAACGGCCUGAUGGCUCUUUGUCCGUUUGAGCGCGGCGCGGCGAUAGGAGAGUUUGUCGGCCUCAUCACAAAAGAUUUGCAAAACAUGGAUGUCAUGGACAGCUCGACUGGUGUACGCGCCUACCAGAUCUGGCAGGGACGGCAAGGCAACUUUACGAGAUUCGUCAACCACAGCUGCAAGUCCAACGCGCAAUUCCAGCAGUUUGUGUGGAUGAGCACACAGCGCAUCAUCCUGGUGAGCAAGGGCAUUGAGGCGGGGCACGAGGUCACGGUGGAUUAUUCUGGGAGCUACUGGCGCGGUUUGGACAAAGAAUGUCUCUGCGGAGAGUCAUGCUGUCGGUAUAGGAACGCAGCUCGAUAG